AUGGCCAAAGAUGUCAAAGAGGAAGCUCCAGAGACAUCAACUUCAAAUGAUCCCUCAUCAUCCUCACCUGCUCAGGCUAUAGCUGAGCGUGAGCAAGCAAUUGCUAAACUCAGGGAUGAGAAGGCUACUAUAGAAGGAUGGUCUUUAUAUCAAGCAAUCACGUAUACCGACCCUCAAGUUAGUUCCAUUUCUGGGGCAAAGCUGAGCACUCGGGAAGAUAAAGCCUUAGCCAGAGAGGAGGAGAUAAGUUUCAACGUUGUUGGACCAUCUGCUAAACCAACAACCAAUGAAGCUGAAGUUGAAGCUCCUAGAGCUGAAGCUGAUGCUGAGGUUGCAUGUGCUAUCCCAACCUCCAGCGAAGCUGCUAUAGCAGAGGAGGUUGAUGCCAUCCCUCGUGAUGAUGACCUUCCCAUCACCUCUACACAUGUUGCUGCUGAUGUGAAAGAUGAAGAAGAUGACGAAGAAGGUGAUGAACCUGAUCUUCCAAACUCCAGCAGUGAUCUUGAUGGCGAUGAUGACGAUGAUGAUGAAGAUGACUUCACCAUUCAGUUUCAGCAUCCAACAACUGCCACUAAAGGAGUUGCCCUCAAGGAUUUCGCAUCCCAGGGGGAGCGAAAGGAAGAAGAGUUUGUGCCUGAAAGGAACCAGGGCCCUUCGUUGAAAGGCAAAGGCGUCGCUGAAGAAGGAAAUUUAAAGGUUUUUGAUGAUUUUUGGGGCAAAUCCUGCAGCAGUCCUAUAGGACUAGGUGUGGCAGAAUCCUGUAGUACCUGUCCGUGA